AUGCAGGCAGCAUCCACAUGGUGCACGGGCUCGACGUCGCGCGCGCGCGGUGCUCCCGUGCAUCUGGACCGCGGCGCAGGCCAGACGCGGCUCCUCGCGGACACGCACGUCUACGACUGGUGGGACUGGGCGGUGGAAUGGGCCUCUGCGACACAGCAGGGGUGGGCGCAGGAGCUCAUGGAUGAGGCCGCGCUGCGUGCGCUGCCGCGGCCAUCGGAGAUGCUCGCGGGGGCGAUGGACAACGUUGAGCUCGUCGUCGACAAGAGCAUGUCGGAUGCGAUCUCGUGUUCGCAGCGUCUUCCCCGCGCUUCAGCCCUGUGCGGAUUCAAGACACGGCGCCGCUCGUCGUCGUCCUCAAAAUGGUGUUACGCUUCGCGCUGCACUUCGCCGGCGGCCAUGCUCGUCCGCCCCACCACCGCGCGCUUCAAGUUUCUUGGAGACAACGCGCCCCGAUUGCGAGCCCGAGCGGACUCGAUCGCGAAGUCUAAAACUGAGUCCAUGCGCCCGAGCUGGCACUGGGCGGUCGAGCGCGUCCACACUGUCGACGUGCCUCGGAGCAAAUAUUCUGGCAGCACCGCGCGCGACGUAGUCGGCAUGGACGAGCGCGUGCUCAUCGCAGUGCUCGUCGCGUCGAUCGGCGCUGUAUUCACAAUCUACGGCACAGCAGAGUCCGUCAGCGUGCACGUCAUUCCCCGGAUCAUGGCUAAGGAGCAUGGGGUCGGCACAGUGUUCAGCAUCGACGUCCGCCACUACCAGGUGUCGCCCACCCAGUCCAAACAGAGUCGCGGCUCCAAGGUCAAGAGAUUCUUCCGCCGCCUCGGCCACCACGACGAUGACCAGAACGUCACCUACACCCACCGCUCCCACGACAGCAACAGCUGGGAAAGCUUGCCAAGGAGCGAGGCCAUCAGCGAGGCCGAAACCUUCGACGAGGCCGACAGCACGUGGGGACGCACGUCGACGUCGACGCGCCCCGAGCGUAUCCGCCGCCACCAGACGUCGCCCCCGCCGCAGUGGUACGAUGGCGCCGCUGAGCUCCUCGACGACGACAACCUGGCGUGGGGCGGCAAGCCGCACCAGCCCAUCGUCCAUCACCGCUAUCACAACCGUCGCCCCCAUCGCCACUAG